GCAGCAGCAGCACCGAUCGCAAGUCGCGACACGAGCAAAGCGAACGCAAAGGUGUGCGAGCCAAGAGGCGCGGGAGCGAGGGGUAGCGAAGAGCAAGUGACGAACUUACGGCCAACAGCAGCAGCAACAACAACAACGGCAACCGGCCCGUUUGGAGCAGCGCGCAUGCCACACACAGUUUAAAUAUGUGAAAUUAGUACAAAUCGUGAUUUCAACAGCGAACGACGAGCGGCGAACGAGCGUCGACGAAGUGGCGACAAAAAAAAAGCACGAGCGAGCAGCAGCAGCAAUAGCAAUUGCCACAGGCAACAACAGUGGCAGCCACAACAGCAACAAUCGCUAGGCCAGAAAAGCAGCACCACCAGUCACCUCAGUAACUAAAGCAGCAACCAAAUCAAGUGAUAACAUCAAGCGUUACAGCUGCAGCAACAUCCGAUGCCACAACUGCAACACAAAGAGCAACGCAAACGGUAACACUAAACAACAAAACAUGCAACGGCAGAGAAAAGCUUAUAGACGGAGCAAUUACAAUAGACACAGCUUCUGACAACAACAAUUAGAGAGAUACACCAAUUACAAAGAGAUAAACUACAACAACAGCUCAUUUGACUACACCAACACUUACACCAAUAGGUGUGUGAUACAAAAAAAAACCCAGAAUAGCAAGUAUAGCAAUAAAAACAACAACAGUCACACCAACUCUUACACCAACAAUAAAAAACACAUCAACAACUACUCCAAACAGUUAAACAAACAAUAACACCAACGAAAAACAACAACCAGAGAGACCCAAACUUACAACAACCUUGGUGUUUGUUGGUGUGCUCCCUCUCUCUCUCUCUAGUGGCAACAACAACAAGAGCAGCAGCAACACCACACUGGGGCGCCAACAACAACAUGCAAUAAAACAGCUGAUAGCGACGGCAGCAACAACAAAGCCUGGCAUUAUCAAGCGAGCAACAACAGGUCGCGAAAAAAAAAACAAAAAGCCCGCCUGCUGCAGCACUCACACACACACAGCGAGCACAGUGAAGAGCGGGUGUGUGUGUGUGUGAGAGAGAGAGGCAAAGGCAAAAGGCAACGGCAAAGUCGCACACCUUUGCGUUGAUUUUGGACGUCGCGACACGGCGCUCACCAGUUGGCGCUUUCGCUCUCUCUCGCUCGCGCGCUCCCCAUCUCUCUCUCCUUCGCACAAAGUGCAGCUGAGCUGCCGCUGCCGCCGCCGCCGCACUUGCCGCUGCCACAAAUACAACACAAACACGGCCAGCUGAACGAACGCUCAACGCUCGCCGCCGCCGCUGCUGCCGCCAGUCGAAAGUCAAAAGCAACGUGUUGUGGACGCUUUUUUCGUCGCGUCGUUGCGUUGCGUUCUCUCUCUCACUCCUUUUCCUAUCACCAACACACACACACCACCCACCGCCCAACGCCCACAACCCACCCACCAACCAACCACCCCCCUCGCAGGCUGGGAAAAACUUUCACCGCAACAACAACCACAACAACAAUGUCCAGCAGCGCAGCAGCAGCGCAGUUCAAGCUCGAUGCCAACUCCAAUGCCAUUGCUUUGAUAGCCGAUGUUGCCUCGCUGCCACUCCCACUUUCGCCCACUGCAACAACAACGGCCACGGCAACGGGGACAACGACAACAACAACAACGCCAGCUGAUCGCGUUGAAUGGUCCCGCUCAACAAUACUGAACUUCAUCGAGGACUAUCGCCGGCAGCGAGUCCUUUGGGAUCCCAACACCAAGGGCUAUCAUAUCAAGCAGACCAAAUACGAGGCCCUGAAGCUCCUAAGUCAGAAAUAUGGAACAGAGAUACGAUCCAUAAGAUCGAAGAUCAAAUCCCUGCGCAGCUCCUUUCAUAGGGAACAUGGCAAGGUCCUGAGCGGUCGAGGUCGCGGGGUCAUCUAUCAGCCCAUGUGGUUCGCCUACGAGGCGAUACGAUUUAUUCUGGAUGGCGAAAGGGAUCAGGAUCAGGUGCAGGAUCAAGAUCCAGAUGGUGAGGCGGAAACGGAAGCGGACGAGAAGCUAACCCUGAUGCACAGUCUGGACCUGGAGCAGCUGAAGGCGGACAAGCUGGUAGAUAGGGACAUUAUACUGCAGGUGGAGCAGCAGCAGCAGCAGCACGACGAGCUUACCGCUCGCAUUGCGGCCACUGUGGCCGCCGUCGCCGCCGCUGCAGCCGCCGCAAAUGCCCGGGAUCGGGAGCGGGAACGGGAGCGGGACGAGCGGGAUGCCGCUGACGAUUUGGAUACCGCUCGGGAAAUGGAACUAGAGGAGGCGGCGGCAGCGGGCGCGGUCGGCGCUGCCCUCAUCGAAUCCUCCUCGGCGGCUGUGACACGUUCCUCUUCCGAUUUGGAUGGCGAGAAUUACUGCAAUAUCAGCGCCGAAGAUGUGAAAACAGAAAUUAUCGAACACGAAUCGGAGCUGGGGAUGCUGGAUCGACGGACGAGCACGCCGUCGCCCAUAAAUUACUACAAGCCGACGGACCUGACGUACAACCACCGCAAGCGCAAGGCGAUGGGCGUGGAGCACGUUUUGACAUUGACGCCCAUCAAGGCGGUGGGCGGAGCGGCGGGGACGGGCGGAUCCGCUGGCCAGCAGCAGCAGCAGCAGCAGAUGAACCACAGCCAGCUCGCGUUUCAGGCGCUCCAGCAGCAUUUUAGCCACAAUCACAGCCUGAGCCUGAGCCACUGCAACGGGCAACCGCAGCAGCAGCAGCAGCCGCACCACCACCACCACCACCAGCAACAUCAGCAGCAGCAAUCGUUGCAUCUGCAGCAGCAGCAACAGCAACAACAUUCCAGUAACAUGGCACAAAAACGUGAUCGUGAUCGUGAUCUCUCAACGUCAAAUGGCAACGGCAACGGCAACAGCAACUGCAACAACAGCGGCAGCAGCAACAGCAACAUCGCCGGCCACACCAGCAACACCUCGCUGGAUCCAGCAGCAACAUCCAGCAAUUGCAGCUCCAGCAGCAACAGCAACACCACGCCCCCCAAACCGCUCGUCGGGGGCGGUGGCCUGAGUGCCAAUCAUGUGGACGAAUAUGGGGUAUUCGGGGAAUACGUGGCCAUAACCAUACGCAAACUGAAGACAUCCAAGUCGAAGAUCGUGGUGAAGCACCUGAUCAACAAUCUGCUCUACGAGGCCGAGCUGGGGAAGUACGAUCAGGGGAUGCCGGCCAGCAAGGAGCCACCGCAGCUGUACAAUAUGCAAUAGGGAUAGGAUAUAUCGUCGAUGAGACCACCAAAAUAUCUAGACAAACUAAACUGGGGGGAGAGACAACCAACGCACUAGUCAGCAAAGCAACAAUGGGUCAAAACCAGAGCCAACAAUUCUAAAAAGAAAGAAACAAAAACCUGGGGGUUUAGCACACGGGGUAGCGGGGGACAUGAGCAUUUCAUUCAGGGACAAAGACCAUAUAAGUACUUUAUCUAUAUACAUUUAUUAACACAUAAACGAUAUCAGUGAGUAUAUCCGAAGUCAGUCAGUCAGGGGAGUGCAGUUGAAGUAGGGAUGAAACAAACAUACCAUUAAUUAAAUUGAAUUAAUUAUAAAUGCUUUACGUUAACUGUGUACUUUUAUGCACACUCCCAUAUACACACGUACAUAUUGGUGUAUAUACAUUCUACGUUUAUAAAUAUACUUUUUAUGAUUAUCGUUUUUUUAAUUUCACAGGCGUUAUAUUUUUGAUUUUCGUUUUAUUAUAUUUACAUUUGGCAAUAACACUUUGAACUCAGGUGCCUUUAUUUUUUUAGUCAAUUAAGCCUUGUUAUCUUAUGCAUAAAAGCGAAACAGCAAACAAACGCGAAAUGAUUGCAAAAAAUCUACAUGUAAAGCAAAUAAAUGAAGCCGUAACAACAUGUAAAUUUAA